UAGAAAUUAGAGAAGAAAAACCCUAACCCCUUCUCCAAGCUCCCUCCCUCUCACUCUAAAACCUUGCUCACACUUUCUUCAUUUCUCGCUUCUCUCCGCGCAUUGUAAUUUUCCAAUUCGUUUUCUUGAUCAAGCAGAUUAAAAGAUGAAUUUCAAAAAUGUCAAUGUACCCAAGAUGCCUAGUGGGAGUGGGGCUUCCAAGCUAAUUUCGUUUGGGGCUAUUGCUGGGCUUAGCAUAUACGGACUUAGUAACAGUCUCUACAAUGUCGAGGGAGGGCACCGUGCCAUUGUUUUCAACCGCAUCGUGGGGGUGAAGGAUAAGGUCUAUCCUGAAGGGACACACAUACUGGCCCCAUGGUUCGAGAGGCCAGUAAUCUAUGAUGUCAGGGCACGACCUCAUCUAGUGGAGAGCACAUCAGGCAGUCGUGAUCUUCAGAUGGUCAAGAUUGGUCUUCGAGUUCUCACCCGUCCUGUGGCUGAUCAAUUGCCAACCAUUUACCGAACCCUUGGUGAGAAUUACAAUGAGAGGGUACUGCCUUCAAUUAUUCAUGAGACUCUGAAAGCUGUGGUUGCCCAAUACAAUGCUAGCCAGCUUAUAACCCAGAGAGAGAAUGUAAGUAGGGAAAUACGGAAAAUCUUAACAGAGAGAGCUGCCAACUUCAACAUGGCACUGGACGAUGUGUCAAUCACUAGCCUAACCUUUGGAAGGGAAUUCACUGCUGCCAUUGAAGCUAAACAGGUAGCUGCACAAGAAGCCGAGAGGGCCAAAUUUGUGGUUGAAAAGGCUGAGCAAGACAAACAAAGUGCUAUAAUUAGAGCACAGGGAGAAGCUAAGAGUGCUCAAUUGAUUGGUCAAGCUAUUGCCAACAAUCCGGCUUUUAUCACGCUGAGGAGGAUUGAAGCAUCCAAGGAUAUCUCACACACUGUCGCCACUUCAACCAACAAGGUGUACCUGAACUCCGAUGAGCUGUUGCUGAACCUUCACGAUCUCAACAAAGAUCAAAGCGCUAGGAAGUAGACUGCCCUCGAGAUGAUUGAGCUUCAUGUGUGUCCCCACCAGGUCAAGUCGUAGUACAACGGGAUGUUCUUUUCUUGUACUCUGCAAAUAGCGGAUUUUGGAAAUAUGCUACAUUGGUUGAUUGCAAAUUUCUCGAGAGUCCUGUAAUGUUUCGGAUACAUAAUAAUUGCUGCAUGAAUUGAUUGAGCGUAUUCAGGGCAACGUAAAAUCGUCGACAUUUCUCCAUUUGAUGGUAUAAUUGUUGUUUUGAUGCUUAAAAUCGUGUAUAUCAUUUGUCUUUCCAGUUUU